AUGAGAUUGAAUCCUCAUAUAAUCGUGGUAGCAGGGCAAUUGUUGCUUACGAUCUCCCUUAAGUCACAUGGAAGACUAACCAUGUUGAAUAUAGUCCACGAAACAUACAACACUUUUAUCACAAAACCACCUCUUAAACUUGGUGCCAAGGAGAAGCUGUGUCUAGAUAACGUACUGGUCAACUAUGUUCUCAAGCUGGCCAAUUACUCCCAAGUUGAACAUGCUGCUUCCGAGUGCCGUAUCAACAUGAGUCUGCGUUUCCGAGCGGUAAUUCUGCCCACUUUCAAUAUUCAUGAUGUCGUCCACAGACACCAAGAUCCAGUCGAUGCCGAGUUAUCCAGCAUUAUUCUUCAGCGUUCGGCAGAAAAAGGAGUAAUACUUGAUCCCCAAUUCGACGACUUGGAUUAUGGGUACGAGUGCGCCAUAGGGUACCAGGAUAUUGCACAAGUGAUUCUCGUUGAAAAUGUGAUUCACGCAGACAUUCAAACGGUUGUCGAAAUUCCUCCGCAAUGUAUGUUUGGCAACGAGGAGAACCAAAUCUUCAUUGACAAAAAACUUGUUGACAUUCCUUUGAAUGGAACAUUUUCUUGCAGACAUGGAAGAUCACCAACAUGCAAACGAAAUAUCGCUGAAUCCAGCAGUCCUCGUUACCGGCUCAUCGAGCAUUGA